UAAGAAGUUAGAAGUGGUUUCUCAAGCAGAGUUGGGAGCGGUGUGGAGCCUGGGCCAGCAGGAAUCCUGAACCUCCGGAUUUCAGUCACCCCCAAGAACUGGGAUUAUGGGUUGAAGCACCUCUGCUCCACCGUCCUUAAAGAGACAGGCGUGGCAGAGGUGUAGUGGGUGCAGAAGGGGUACUUGGUAUUUGGACCCGGUUACUCCCUACCCCAGCACAUGGCACAGGCAUACAUGCAUGUGUAAGUGCAUGCACAUGCACACACACAUAUACAAACGUGCACAUGCACACACACACACUGUGACAAAACGACAACGAAUCUUAGACAGCAAUGCUGAUUUAUUAGAGGGAAUGUCUAAACUCUGAAAUGCUUCACUCAACAGGUUUCCCUAAAAUAUUUCAAACAUUUAGGAAAGACAUGUCUGAAGUAGAUUUAGACAGGAAUAUCUACCAGAGUUUGUGUCCAUGCAUUUCAAUGUCAACACAGACCGAGGAAAGUUGGCUUCAGGAAAUUUAUGGAAAACUGUUUGCAAAAGAAGAAGAGGAAGAUGUGAAGGACAAGGAGGACUGGGUAGGGAGGAAUCUCCAAACUAGAACAACUAGGACACUUGGCAUGAACUUUAAGCCUCCCUUCCCCCCCCCCCCCCGCCCGCCCUCAGGAAGAUGGGUCGUCAAUCCCGAAGAGCUGAGGCUGAGCAUUCUGUGCGAGCUGGAGUUUAAGGAAGACUUUAUUACACUGUUUGAGUCUCCGCUAAGAACACUGCCCAGCAUUGGGCUGCCGCCCGUUCUGUCAUACAAACACGAGAAAGCCACACUGGACAUUAACUACCAGGAUGAAGAGGAGGAGGAGCACUCACUCAAGUGUGAAUUCUGUGGAGCUGACCUUCAGGCAUUUUUUAGCUAUGCGGAUCUUUGCUCCAAACCCACAGGACAUAGUUUCUGCUGUCAUCGUUUUCAGAAUCUGAUUAACUACAUCUAUGAGGAAAGCCAAAAGAUGAAAGGCCCUGCAUUUGAGUUAAUCAGUAUCCAGCCUCAUGCAGCCCAUGGCAGUGAGCUGGAUAGGAUUAAGGCGAAAGAGAAAGCCUUGCGGAGGAAACAGGAGCGACAACUGGCCAGACAUUUUGCGAUGAUAACAAGUGAGCCCAGCAACUUCUCUGAGGAAGUAGAUUCAAAGCACUUAAAAACCAUUUCUUACCAACUUUCCAUGGAUGUACAAGAAAAAAAGCCAACAGAAGACAUGUAUGACUUUUAUAUAAGAAACACCAAAAUGUCCAUCAUUUGUUGUGAUUCUAGGAAAGCAUGUGGCAAGGUGGUGAGGAACGAGCUCCUGGAGAAGUAUUACAAGCAGGGGAACAAGUUCCUGACUUCAUUUCCAGAUGGAACCACACAGAUAUUCUACCCAUCGGGGAAUCUGGCCCUCAUCCGAGUGCCCAACAAAACCAGCGGCUUCACCAGCAUCGUGCAGGAAGAUGCACUCGUGGCUCCUGCCGUCCUGGCUGUGCUUGACUCCUCCGGCAGAGCCUCCUGCUACCACCCCAAUGGGAAUGUCUGGGUUUACAUCAACAUCUUGGGAGGCCAAUGCUCAGACCAAGCUGGCAACAGAAUAAGAGCCUGGAAUUGGUCACGGUCCACUGUUUCCUCAUCCUUUGUUUCAUUUAAGCCAGUCUUCCUUGCUUUGAACAAUUAUGUUGGAAUCCGCAUCUUGGGACAAGACAAGAUUUCCAUUACUUUCCUAGCAAUGGGCCAACAAGCAAGAAUCAGUGUUGGAACCAAAGUGAAGUUGCUCCAGCCCUGGCCGUUAGACAUCCCCACGAGGCUGUACCUGGGCGAGGACGACCUGAUGCUGCUCGCCACGCUGAUCAAGAUCCGGCGCCUGCUCCACAGGCUGGAAGGAUUCACCAGCUUCCCCUCCAGCCAGGUGCGGGAAAAGCUGAAGCAGCCUUCCUACCUUUCUUCACUUUGCCUGAAACUAAUUGCACUCUGCCGUAGUUUUGGUAUGCCAGAAGAUAAGAUGGCAACCAUUGCAGAUAUAAUAAAUGAAAAGCUGUGAGUG